AUGAUUGAUGGUAAUAUGGACAUCGCACCUUCUGUUGAUACUCCCAUAGAGUUCUCUUUGAAUAAUGAAGAGGAUGAAUUUAAUUACAUUGAUAUUUCGGCUUGUGAAGAACCAAAAUCGAGUAUAGAGGAGGUUGUUACUAAUAGCUCUAAAAAAACAGAAAUUAAAAGACGUGGUGGGUCUAAAAAACAAUCCUGGGUUUGGCAACAUAUGGAUUUGAUCGUAGUAAUUAAUAAAGAUGGCGAAGAGGCCCAAUAUGUUGUGGGUGGAUCAACUUCAAACCUUAUUCAUCAUCUUUAUUCAAUACAUGGAAUCACAGAUAGUCAAAUUAAUAUUACUAAAACUCAUCUAAAAGCAAAAAAUAAUUUCCUUGUUCGAUCUUUAUUAAAACUUCUCAUCCGUGAAAAUUUACUAUUAAAUCUUGUAUCAAAGGAAUCAUUUCAUGAAUUUGUUCAUAAUCUGGAUUCCGCAUUUGCAAUACCAUGUGAAAAAACUGUAAAGCACCUUAUCCAUAUUACUUAUAACAAUUCAACAAACUUAUUAAAACAACAAUUAGAAACAACUAGUAAAACUGUAUGUUUGACGUUGGAUUUAUGGACAGCAAGAAAUCAACAAGGAUUUCUAGGAAUCACAUACUCAUGGAUAGAUGAAAAUUUUAAAAUACAUGAAGCUCUUUUUACAUUGACUUAUUUAAAAUAUCCGCAUACAGCAAUUAAUAUAAAUAAUGCUAUCUAUAAUCAAAUUGAAUAUUAG